AUGUCUGCUCAAGACGAGUUCAACAGCCUUGUUGCCAACAACCAGGAGAAGUUCUCCACUCAUCCUGAGGACCGAGAUAAAUCUGAUCGCGACUCCGAGCCUGCCUCUGACAACGACACCAACCACGACGACCAUACACACUUCUCAGACUCGGAAGAAUUUGACGGUACCGCCAUGAGUUCACGGACAACUACAUACMAGGUCCCCAGGACCAAGUUCGACGCCAACACUGGACCCAAGGGCGUCAUUGCUGAUGCCCAGGCCUUCGAACGUGCGCGCAAGCGCUCCUUCCGCAGAACCCUACUCAGUGCCACGGGAAUGGACUAUACGCAUCAUCGUUCCAACUUCAAGUCGGUGACUGAUGAUGUCAAUCUUCUGCAGAACUCCUCACCGCCGGAUGGCUCUGCCAGCGAGGACGAGGAGCAGUUCAUGCGCAAGUGGCGGGAGUCGCGCAUGCAUGAGCUGCAGAACCGGAACCUACGGCGUGCCAGUCCCCGGAGGAAAAUGUACGGGUCCGUCGAGACGGUGGAUGCGGGGGGUUAUCUGGAUGCUAUUGAGAAGGUCUCCUCGGAUACGGUGGUGGUGGUGUGUGUGUACGACCCGGAGUCCAACGUCAGCUCCCUCGUGGAAGACUGCCUGGAUACCAUUGCGCGCAGGCAACCAACUAUCCGCUUCAUCAAGCUGGACCAUGAGAUCGCCGAAAUGGACCACAUUGACGCCCCUGCUCUGCUGGCUUACAGAGCAGGUGACGUCUUCGCUACUAUCGUUGAGAUUUUAAAGCAGAUCCCGAAAGGCCGGAGCUGCAGUGCAGACAGUCUGGAAGACCUACUCAAAUCCUACCGGAUUCUGUAG